AGCAGCAGCGGCAGCAGCAGCAGCAGCAGCAGCGGCAGCGGCAGCGGCAUCAUGAAGCGAGAGGCCGACGCCCCGUCGGGCGGACCCACCAACGCCAACAAGCGCUACAGGGCGCAAGGGGAGGACGAGCUGCGAUUACUUAUUCCGAGCAGGGUCGCUGGUUCAAUAAUCGGUAGAGGCGGCAGAAACAUCGCCAAGCUGCGCAGUCAGUACAAAGCCACAAUCACUGUACCCGAUUGUUACGGACCCGAACGGAUCCUGACCAUUGCCUCGGAUCUCGAGACUAUUAUGACUGUCCUGGGUGAUAUGGUACCUAAACUCGAAGAGGCUGGACUGAAGACAGGUCAAGACAAUGACAUCGACUUACGUAUGUUGGUUCAUCAAAGUCAAGCUGGCUGUGUGAUCGGCAAGGGUGGCAACAAGAUCAAAGAGUUAAGAGAGAAAACCGGCGCUCGCAUCAAGAUCUACUCCAACUGCUGUCCCCACAGCACCGACCGGCUGAUCAGCGUCUGCGGCAAGAACGAGACGGUGCUGGAGUGCAUCCGCGAGCUGAUCAACACCAUCAAGAGCUCGCCGCUGAAGGGCAUCAACAACCCGUACGACCCGCGCAACUACGAUGAGUUCUACGCCGAGGAGUACGGCGGCUACGGUGAGAACGGACAGCCGGCCGGCAAGCCAGGCGGCGGCGGCGGCGGCGGAGGAGGCGGCGGCGCCGGCGGUGGCUUCGGCGGCGGGCGCUCCGGCAACCAGGGCGGCAUGCCACCUCGCGGCGGACCGCGCGACAACCGCGGUGGAGGUCCCGACAUGAACCGCGGAGGCUUCCCGUCAAUGGGCGGCCGUGGUGGUGGCGGCGGUGGCGGCGGAGGAGGCGGCGGCGGCGGCGCUCGCGGUGGGCCUGGAGGUGGCAACUUUGGCGGUGAUCGCGGGGGAUUCGGUGGCCCACCGAACUCGCGCGGCGGACUUGGAGGCGGUGGUGGUGGCGGCGGCGGCGGCGGCGGCGGCGGCGGCAACUUCGGAGUUGACCGCGGUGGACCUGGUGGUGGCUUCAAUGGCAAUCGCGGCGGGCCACCGUACUCCGGAGGCGGAGGUGGCAAUUAUAAUGGCAAUGGCUGGGGUGGCGGUAUGCAAGGUGGCGGAGGAGGUGGCAACGCACCCAAUGGCCUUGGCGGCGGCGGCGGAGGUGGUGGCAAUUCUGGCAUGGGCAAUUCACCUAUGGGUGGCAGUGGCGGUGGCGCUGGCAACAAUGGCGGCAAUCAAGGCGGCGGCGCCGGCGGAAACGUCUCGAGCACUCAAGUCACCAUACCGAAAGACCUUGCUGGAGCUAUAAUCGGCAAGGGCGGCGCGCGAAUUCGUAAGAUCCGCGCCGACAGCGGAGCUGGAAUUACCAUUGACUUGCCACUGCCUGGCAGCAACGACCGCAUCAUUACCAUCACCGGCUUGGCCUGCCAGAUACAGAUGGCUCAGUUCCUCUUGCAACAAAGUGUACACGAAAAUGCUGACCGUCCUUUUUAAGUAUCAUCGCAAAAGAGUAAAAAGGGGAGCCAAAGAUGCGUUUGUAAUUUCUUUUUAAGAAAACUAUACCUUGGAUUAUAAGUUAGAAAAAGAGAGAGAAAGAGAGAGAGAAAGAAAAAAAUGAUUAACAACAAGUUAAAAAAAUUGAAUGAAAAAAUAACUUACGAAAUCCAAUAAUAAGCUGCUAAAAAUUCCGAGUGGAUGCAACGCCAUUGUGACGCGUGUAUGCAUCGGGCGAAUCGCAUUCUUUGACGAAGAAAAUAGCAAACAUACAAAUAAAAAACACAUGGGAACAUAUUUUUUCAACGGCGAAAUAUUCUACAAAUGAUUGUCUAUAGCUUUGAAGUACAUUCGAACCGAAAGAAAAAGUAUCAUUUUAACCCCGAGAUUUUUAAAUUAUGUUGAUUCGAUCGAUACUGAGAGUGGUUUCAAAAAAAUUGUAUGUCAAAGAUAUCUUAGAUUACUACUAAUAUUCACUUUUUAUAAUUUGAUUUUAUUUUUUUACGUGUCACUAACCGAGUAAACCGUUUGGCAUAUUAUUUUGCCACGAAGAACAUAUGAGGCUGAUAAUUACUACGUUAAUAAUUUUUAGUACAAAUAAUCGAAAAGAAAUUUUUGUUGUAAAUUAGUUUCUUGAUUAAUAAUUUUAUUAAUUGUCCCCGUGUACAUUGAGACCUUCGAAAGUAAUUUAACGAACGCUGUAAAUAUUAUGCAAAAGAAUUUUCGCUUAUACAUUAAUUUUUCAAUGGCAUACGAUGUUUUUGAAACUACUCGGCAUACACAUCACAUUGUUACGUCUUCUCCAUUUUCUGUCUAGCGAAGAGCUGCGACAGAAUAACUACGUUCAUGAUGACGCGAAUCCGCUCUGUAAGAAUAUGUUUGGCUAUUUCCAAUGAAAGUAUACAAAAUACACAAUUUAUUCACUAUUUCUUGAUUCUAUUUCUCCGUGAGAGAAAAAACAAUUUUUAAAUUUAAGAAAGGAUGAAGAAAGAGACAAAGCGUUGCUAUAACAAUACUUGUACAUACAGCAAUGAACGUGUAACCCCAUCUUUCUCGUUUCCAUAUGACCAUCUAAAUAUAUGACACUUUGACUGCGUCUACACAACACUUUUGUGUAGCUUCAAUUAUUAUUACAAUUUAUUAUUAAUGAUUGAUAGUUAGCCGUACAUAACCGAUGCCCCCAAGGUCCUUUGUGUGGGAUAUACCGAAAUUGCCUGUUUUACCACUGUUUUUUAAGAAACCUUUCAUAAAUUCCAAGCUUUGAUGUGAAAAUGUUAGUUCUUACUUCAAUCUCAUAAAGUCUAUAUAACUAAUAAAGCAUUGCAAAUGUUCGUAGAACAGGAAUGUACGGAAAUCCCUUUUAUGCUAAUAUACUUGUAAGAACCUUCUAUUUGUAGAGAUGUAAUAAGAAGUUACAUACAGAUAAGUGGCGCUCAUCAAUAAUAAAUGAAAACUAAACUCUUAUCAAUUUUAAAAAAAAGUCUAUAAGAAAGAUGUGAAAAAUAUCUGAUCGAUCGAAAUAAUAAAACAAAAGAUAUAUUAAAAUAAAGAUAUUCAGUAUGUAUAAAGUUUAGUACGCGUCAUUUUAACUUGGCAUUUAUAUAAUAUUUUUCUCUUCCAUUUGGUUCACAUAUGCGAAGGAGCGCUCGAUUUCUUCGAAUCAGCGAAUAUAUCCCUCUUUUUUUAUAUGUAUAAUUCAAACUCGAAUUUAAAAGAAAAAGCUAUGUCCCGCAUAUAUCCGCACACCAAUCGUCGUAAAUCUCCCUCCCUGGUAACAAAAAGUCCAUGUGCGAACGAAUGUUUGAACACGUAAUCUAAGGGCUAUACUGCAAGGGCAUUUUUCCGUGAAAAAACGUAAUUUUAGUUUCGUUUAAUUUAAUUCUUUAGUUUGUGCACUUGUCCUAACCCUUCGUUUCCCCUUCAUAUUUAACAUUUAUUACUAACAAAAUCUCACUCGCACGCAUAGUAACGAACUUUACUAACCAAAAAACAAUGGGCAUCAAAGAUGAGAGUAAAUUUCUUUUUUUUUUUUUUUUAUUUUUAUUCGCAUGAGAAAUUGCAGAUGUCGAAAGAGAAUGAGCGCGCGGAGUAUUAUCAUUAAUAAUUUUGCGGAAAAAAGUGCGAACAGCGCUAAAAGGGAGGGAGAAUUUUCUUUUUCUUUCAUUUAACUAAUUAAUACAAAAUGAUGGAUAUUAUCUUCGUAAUGCGUUUGUGUAAUAUAAGAUGUAUACUGUACAAUUGAUUUGUAUUCGAAUUUUUUUUUCAAAUAAACUUAGUACAAA